UAAGAGCUGUAGCAGUGGCAUUGGUAGCACGCUAGCACUACUGCUAAAGAAUUGGUAGUAACAUUGCAUAUUCACCACCGCUACUACUACAUGUAGCCCCCCUCGAUGGCGAUGAGACCACUUAGACGUAGCGUGGUCGUGACAUGUCACGCUACUGCUACUUAGAUACUUGUAGCGACCGUAGUUGCGCCGCGCUACUACUUAGCAGUAGCGCGUCUUGAUAAUACCGUGCUACUGCUAAAAUCCUAUCUAUAAGUUUUCUCCUAGAGUGUCAAUACCCCACUUGAGGCAAUCAUCGAAAGAGUCGUCGGAGGAUAGCGCUGGGAGAACCUCCGGGAGAGCCCCUGCAAAGCGGCGGAUAUGACAUUUUGGUGAACCAUUUGGGAUAUGAUAGCGGACACGUUCUAGUCCAUUUCUUCGAUGAAUUUGGUUUGAAUUGAACUUCAAAUUUUAGGGUCUCAAAAUAUGUUGUUGAAUUGUGUGCAACUGAAACACACUAGCUUGAAUAUUAAUUGCGUAAAAAUGGAUUUGGGAUGUCGUUUAUACGUUGAAUUAGUUGGGGGGGGGGGGGACUAAUAUAACAAGAUCUAUUUUUUGAGGGGGAGAUAUUUUUUGUUAGAUAGAGCUAAUAGCGAGCUUUAAGAAAUGGUUACUGAAAAAACUAUUUUGUAUUGACCCACUUCCACGGUGUAGAUACCUUGCAGCAUCUGUCGCUUUAUUAUACUUUUUUUUUAAAUGGCUAGGUCGCUUUAUUAUCAUGUGAAGUGAAAUGAGAUCGAGAGAGCACAUGACACUAACCCGAUAUUGCCGUUUGUGGGACCCAACGGCAGAGAGAGAUAGUCCGCCGCCAGCCCGGUGCCGCCGUCUGCGGGCCCGAACGGCAGACGCACAGCACAGGCCACCGCGACCGAGCCCGACCGCAUCGAUCGAGUCGGGUACGGGACGCUCCCUCCGCCGGCGACUCCUCCCGACCUCCUCGUCUGCUCCCACCGCCCCGCCCCAAUCGAGCUCCACCAACGUCGCCCCCCGCCUCCGCCUCCGCAAUCGCGCGCGGCCAACGUCGCCCCCGUCGACACCUCCUCGCGUUCGGCCGUACGGCAUUCCGGCGACUCCUCGGUCCUCGCGCGCCGCUCUCACCAAGCGCUACCCCCGUCGCGCGCCACCAAGGGCACCUCUGUCGCACGCCACCAAGGGCAUCUCUGUCGCGCGCGGCCAUCCUGCGUUCCGGCUAUCAACAACUCAUCUCGGACUCGGACGCUACGGUAGUGGACGCGAUAUGGCCGGUCCAAGGGGAAUCAAGCGAGCAAGCGGGCUGGGGAGGGGGGGCCGCGAGAAGGGGAGAAGAGGAGCAAGUGUUAGUCCCGACAGAUCGACUCUGAAAAAUCAUAGGAAGUCAGCGGGGCAUGAGAUAACAAGGGUCGAAGAAAAAUCUUUUCCGCCUGAGGUGGAGAAUCAGCUACUAAUCAUCGAAGAUCUGAGAUUAUAUCACAGGGAAAAUUCCAAUAUCCGCAGAUUCAAUUUGACGGAUUUGCCUGUAGAUCUUGGUCCUCAAGGCCCCAUCAACAACAAACUCAAUGGCCUUCUAAAACUUGGUCCCCAAGAUUUUAAACAUGUCCUGAUCAAGCCUUUUUUGAAGUUUCGAAGAGCAGUCAAUGACAAUACAGCAUCAGGGAACAAAAGGGGCAAUGAAAGCCUGGUUGAAGAAAAUACAGGAUCUUCCUUUGAUAAUCACAAUGCGAAGUCAAUUAUGAUCAAACAAGUUGACAAGCUCAGUGAUAGCCCAGAUUCCCAACAGUUCACAUAUGGCUGCAAUGUUUCAGCUCAUGUCAUGUUACCAAAGUAUAAAAAGGCUGAAGUAAAACAUGGUUGUGCUGGCCUCUUGAAUUCAGGGAAUGCGUGCUUUGCAAAUUCUGUUCUGCAAUAUCUUCGUUGCAUACCAGCGCUGAAGGCAGCCUUAGUAAGAUAUUUAGAAGAAGGCAUGAAUGAUGAACUGGUUGACCAAGCUUCUAUGAAGCUAACUAAGGCUGUUUGUGAUCUCUUGGGACUUCUUGAUCAUAGUGUAGAAGCAGUUUCUUCUGACAAUUUCUUACAGGUCAGUAAUUAAUGUGUUUACCAAAAAGUGAGUUCAUUUUCUUAUUUUUAAUCUUAUCUAAUUUGCAGAAACUUGAAGAGAAGCAUGCAAUGUAUGAGGAAAGAGAACAGGGUCUUCGUAGGCAACAGGAUGCUCAAGAAUUCCUACUGCUAUUGAUGGGAACCCUUAGUGAAACUCUUAUAACUAAAGGGUAAUUGUUUCAUUAUGUACAAUACUAAUAAUCACCCUUUUCUUCCAAUGUAAAAAUGAUUCCUUCUGAUACUAGUUUUCUUUUUUUUGUAUAGGAACAAUCUUAUGAACAUGCUUUUCGGAGUUGAUCUGUUCGUCGGGUAUCCUCUCUCUUUCACUUUCUCAAAAAAUAAAGAUUUUAAAAGCUACAGUGAAAACACAAACAAGAUUAGUCUGUUUAAUAAUGUUGGCAUCUUGUUAUAUCCCACAUUUUUAUCUAGACAAAUUCAAACUGUUAGCAUAAAUUUCUCAAACUUAGUAAUAGUGUCAGCUUCUCUAAAAAUGUUAAAAGCAUACACCCGAGCCACACCUCCCCUUGCGCAGCAGCAGCAGCUCAUUGCCUUCUCCAGCACCACCUCUUCACCUCUUUACUUUCCAACCUCAGCAGCCAGCCGGACCUACGGUACCUUGCUCACAGUGCCCGAGCUUACCCAAAAGAUGUGGGAUGCCAAGAAUAGCAACUGGGAGCAGAGGAACAGCAAGGAGGUAGAGGAAGAUGCCCGAGCUUACCCAAAAGAUGUGGGAUGCCAAGAAUAGCAACUGGGAGCAGAGGAACAGCAAGGAGGUAGAGGAAGAAUCCCCCGAUGGACCAGCCCUUCUUCACGUCCCGCCGCCGUCCAUGCUGCCUUGCCACGCAUUGAUCUCGCAAUCAGCACCGCCAUCCCACGGCCUCCUCGCUGGAUCUGCUGCCUCACCGGCCAACGCUGCCUCACUGGUCAUUGCUGCCGUCCUCUCCUCACGCCCUGCUCUCUGAUACCAUAUAUACGUGGAGAGACUAACAUCUCCUUGAUAGCUCUGGCAGCUCUAGUUUGGGCAGACUCAUCCGUUCCCCCCUUCUAUGUCACUUGGGUGUAGUGCGCCUGGGCCUCAAGGGCCAAGGUGACGAGAUGCUUUUAUCAUAACUGAAGGUGCAUGCACUUAAUUUUUAUUUCUACCACUGCCUCAUCUAGCCUUUUGAAACUAUCAAUGUAUAAGACUUGUUUUGGGUUUUCAAGACUAGAGGAGGCAGAAUUAGUUAUAGCUUGAACUAUCCAUGCAAGUAAGUAUAUGUCGGUACUAAUGAAAUGCAGUACUGCUAAUUCCUUGGAAAUGAAAUGGCUCCUUACCCUUUUGAACCGGGAGCGAGUGGGAAGUAUUGAAGCAUUAGCACCAAAAGGAGCAGCACAUAA